AUGGAUGACCAUACUUAUGGCGUUGCCCUCCAAUAUGGUAAUAUGGGGCCUGCGACCUAUUCUUCAGCCAGUCAAGCCUGGCAUUUCGCUCGACGUUUUAGGCCAGCACAAAUAAUCUCCUAUACAGGGUAUGAAAAGCAGGUAGUUGCCCCAUCAGCAGUGAAUUUGCCGGUCGUCAAAAAGCACGAGAAAGAUACGAAAUCUCUGUUGGCGGAUUAUCCAGAGUUAAUCAGCGUCGUCUCGUCCUUUGCGCGGGAAGAGGAACUAUCGCAAACCGUUCAACAGGCCGACUCGUAUUUCAAUCCUCAAGUAUCCUCAGUGCUCGACUUUGGGAAUGCCCAACUUUCAGAGGCCGUACGUUCUCGUCGAGGUCGGAUGCGAACCGUUCCUAUUGCAGCCUUUGCAUCUGGACAGAAUGGGAACAUGCUUUCUCUUCGAACCAUCGAAGCUGAAAAGGUCGCGACCAAUCUCGAACAAGAUGCAGCUUUCCGUUUACCGACGGUAGGCGAUUCCAAGGCAGUCGAUUGGGCUUGCACUGAGACGCCUAUCCGCCAAGUCAAGUUUGCAGAUAGUACCGAGACUCCAGGGAAUCUAUUGGCUGUCCGUCUACUUUCCAGCACAGCCAUACUUCAACCAAUCUACCACCGAGAGGCUCAGAUGAUUGAGCACCCGGAAUUAUCCCGUCGAGCAGACUCGAGGCCGCAAGUUUCUCAUAUCGACCCGUGUCUGGUGGCCGAAAUUGACGUUUCCCAGACAGGCGGAUUCGCUCAUGUCGAUGUGACUUUCAACCCGUGGUAUCUGAAACAAUUCUCAAUACUUGAUGAGCGUGGCCAUUGGAGUAUCUGGCAGCUGCAAGAUAUCGUCAGACUCGGUAGCGGCGUGGCUCCCGAACUUCUACAGUCCGGCUAUUUACCUUGCGAUACUGUCGAUGGAGAUGAGAGCGGGGAAUUCACUGUGGAAGUGAAGUACGACACUUGGGGCAGGAUCGAAUGGACAAGGGAUGUCAAUACGUUCAUAGUCUGCGGUCGACGUAAUGCUAUGCUCUAUGUUUUGGAAGGGACGACUACCAUAUCUCAAGCGAUCCGGCUUAAUUGGCAAUCCUCUACCGAAUGGAUUCUUGACGUCAAAACCUGCUCGUCCCAAAGUUCUCUCGUCUUCAUACUAACUACAUUACGAGUAUUAUGCUUCGAUCUGAAGCUGCCAGAACAAGAGGGCCAGCCCUUUGCUCCGCAGUUUGCGUGGUUGCAUGGUCGCGAUGCAGAUGAUCUCACUCUCCGACUAACAUCACUUACUAUUGGUGAAGAGUAUUACUUACUUCUCUACUCACGUCUCGACUCCUGCAUAUUGGCCUUUCAGCUUCCUAUCGAAGAAUACGAAGAAGGCAACUACUCCAUGUCGGAUCCAUUUUUCGUCUAUAUUCCCGGCAAUAAAGAUACUAAUGGAUUGAAGACGAUCCGUUACGAUUUCCCCAUCAGGCAGAUCCUCUUCAAGGAAGUUGAACAACAAAUCUACCUGUCAAAGCGCAUUUGUCUCGAUAACUGUCCCAAGUUCAUGAAGCUUUUCAUCAUUGACAGUACAAUGGCUAUUCACGAAUACCUAUACUCAAAGCCUACCGGCCGAUCAUCCGCAGAAGAGCUCAAAAUGGGCCGCGAAGCAUUGUUCUUGAGCGCAGUAUCUCUUUUACCGAAUAAGAAACGCAAAGGCGAAAGAGAUAUAAGCGUCGUACCAUCUGAUAAUGAUGAGAUCAAUCAACUCGGUGAAAUGUUUCUACAGCUCUCCAAAUCCAUCAAAAGCAGACCACCACCGGCGUCUGUGGACUUUACAAGGAUAUACUCUCUGCUUUCUAAGGAUGACCGAAACUUGAUCAGGCCGUCAGCAUCUGUUCCAGAGUACGAGAGUUUCAGAGAAUAUGUAGAGCAUUUGGUUGUAGCAGUAUCUAACUUGGCUGAAGAGGGAUCUGCUUUUGUACAUACCAUGCUGGACAUCAUGGACAACCCACCUUCCUUACCUGAUAUCGACGAAAGUGCUCAGGAACUCGACUGGUUCAAAUCUCGCUUUACGCCUAUGGAAUCUUCUGCGGAAACCGCCUUAUGCUAUUUGCCGUUAAGUGUUUCUUCGUAUGAACAGUUACAGAAAAAGGCCAACAUUAUUCGUUCACUUCGACCGCUUGGUGUACUAGACCUCUACGAGAAUCUUCUGCGUGACUGGCUAUCGAAACUGUCGCGGAGGCUACCAAGUUGGAUCCGGAUUUCCAAGGAGAGGCUGAUCCGACAAGUGUCUAUUGAGCUGUCAUUGGCAAGCAUGGUACAAAUAGAUGCCGCUAUUCCCGAAAGUAUCCGUGCCAUUUCAUCUCAAUCAUCAUUACUAGGGCGGAGCAACUCGACAAGCUGUCAGGCGGAUCCUGUCAGUGAAGUGGCGGAAAUACAGGAAGAGGAUAUUGUGAUCACUCAUGGCAGGUUAGAUCUCAAGACAGUUUCACCGUCAAGCAUGGGUGUAUCUUCAGGUGGCGCCGCACAAGAUGUUCUUUCUUUUUGGAACGUUGGAGGUGAUCCUGAUGCCUUUGAUUGGGAGAAGGCCUUGACGACAGAGACAGACGAGGAAGAUGCAAAGUCUAGAUCUAGAUCCAAGUCACAGCAGCGCACGCGGACUCGUUCGCGAUCGAGGGCUAAUAGCGUGGGCUCGAGAAAUAUUAGGAGUUCACCAGUCGUGCCAGCGAUGCAGUUCCCAGGCAGCCAGCCUCAGUUCGACAGUAGACUGCCUAUACGAAGUAGUCAAGUCUUACCAAGUAGUCAGAUUGCGGAUGAUAUUCCCAUGACUCAGGUCGAACGAGGUGUAUUUGGCAGCCGAGAAGCUGGGAAAAAGAGCAACGUCAAGGCGAGGAAAAAGAAGAGGGCGGCAGGGUUCUGAUGGCUGUGUUGUUGAAUGAUUCGCUAACCUAAAGAUUUUUUAGCAGUUUUAGGUGCAGGUUUAAGGGUUUUGUAUCAGAUGGAAACUGCAUUAUUAAUCUGAUACGACGAGAAUGUACAUACAUGAAACCUCAAUGAGAUAUUUUCGCAUUGAGCGGUUUAUGCGUCGCAUCUGCGACAUAAUCAAUAAUCCUUUUCUGGCC